AUGUCUCCGAGCCCUCGGAAAAGGGCCGCCUCUCCGGCCACAAAUGGCGUGGCGGCGAAACGAAAGGCUUCUACAGACGCUCACCACCAUACGUCGCUGCCACUUGCGCUGCAAGUCCCGGCCCCAUACCACGAUGAACAGGCCGCAAUUGCCGAACGAGCGAAAGUCGACUACUCAACGAAAGUCACGCUUGACAUGGCACAUAACAACCGAGCUGGCCGGCCCAUUCGCGUCUACGCCGAUGGAAUUUAUGACCUCUUUCAUUAUGGACACGCUAACCAGCUCCGACAGGCAAAGAAUGCGUUCCCGAAUGUCUACCUAAUCGUCGGGGUUUGCGGUGACGCCAACACCCACAAGCACAAGGGGCGAACCGUGACAAAUGAGGACGAGCGAUAUGAAGCCGUGCGCCAUUGUCGAUAUGUCGAUGAAGUGGUCCGCGAUGCGCCAUGGUUCUGCACCGUCGACUUCCUCAAGGAGUUGAAGGUCGACUUCAUUGCCCACGACUCGAUUCCAUACGAGGCCGACGGCGAGGAGGAUCUUUAUGAAAAGUUCCGGCGUGAGGGGAUGUUCAUUGAAACCCAGAGAACUGAGGGAGUUUCUACCUCGGACGUUGUCUGCAGGAUCUUGAAAGAUUACGACAAAUACGUGCGGCGCAAUCUUCAGCGGGGUUAUUCGGCUGAGGAACUGAACGUUGGGUUCCUUGCCUCCCAGAAGUAUAAGCUCCAGGAAAAAGUAGACGGCCUCAAGCAGAAAGGGCUCGAGCUGCUCGACAAGUGGCGAACUCGUUCCGAUGAUUUCAUCAAGGACUUCAUAGGGACGUUCCAUCGCGAUGGAAACCUGUCGAUUGGCGAUAGGUUGUUGAAUAUCAUGUCCCGAAGCCCGUCCCCUGCUCCUGAUGGCUCCAAUCGAGACUCGCCAGACAAUGAAGCCAUCAAACAC